AUGGAUCUGAAGGAAGCCGGACACCAUUGCAAGUUGCAACUGCAAGAACUAGAGGAGAUAAGAAGAGAUGCAUAUGACACUUCAUGGGACUACAAAACCAAGAUCAAGGCCUCCCAUGACAAUCGAAUUUCAAGGAAACAUUUCGAGGUUGGUGAUGAAGUCUUACUUUUUGAUUCUCGUUUGAAAUUGUUUCUAGGAAAGUUGCAGUCUAGGUGGAUUGGACCAUUCAUUGUUGAGCACACUUACCCUCAUGAAGCAGUAGACAUUCGCAGUAUAGAUAUAGGAAAGCAAUUCAAGGUGAAUGGCCAUCACCUGAAGCCAUUCUAUGAAGGAUUUACAGUGCAACUAGUGGAAGAAAUUCCACUAGAUCGUCACUCACUCUGA